UACUUUCUUUAACAUGGUAGACAUAUAUAAAUGAGUAAAAGUUAGGGAAUAAACCAGUUGUAAUUGUGAUUCGUUAAAGUCAAAAUGGAAUUCGAUUUUAAGGGCAAAACCGCUUUGGUUACUGGAGCUUCAAAUGGUAUUGGAAGAGAUAUUGCUAUAAAAUUAUCACAAUGUGGGGUUAACGUAAUUGCAAUAGGAAGAUCACUUAAUGAUUUAGAUUCGCUAAAGGAAAAAACAAAUUGCAAGAUAAUACAGUUGGAUUUAUCGGAUUGGAAGAAAACUAGAGAAGCAGUGAAAGACAUCGAUAACGUCGAUUUUUUAAUUAACAACGCAGGACAAACCUUAAGGAAAUCUUUACUUAACACCUCUUACGAAGAUUUAAACCGCAUUUUGGAUAUAAACUUUAAAGCUUGCAUGAACCUGACCCAAAUAUUUGUCAGAAAAAUGGUGGAAUCCGGGAAACCAGGAUCUAUAGUAAACGUAUCGUCACUUUGUGGUUUAGUUGGUCAAAUGGAUCAUUCAGUUUAUUGUGCUUCAAAAGGUGCUAUGGAUGCCUUUACUCGAGCUGUAGCUAUGGAGUAUGGAAAGUACAAUAUAAGAAUCAACAGUGUUAAUCCCACAGUUAUUUUAUCUUCUAUGGGGCAAGAUUUUUGUAAGGAUAAUGAAAAAUUUAAAGCGAUGAUUGAAAAAACUCCAAUAAAAAGACUGGGGAAACCAGAAGAAGUAACUUAUCCAGUUCUGUUCCUGUUAAGUGACAUGGCCAGUCUGAUCACUGGUACUUGUUUGACGAUUGACGGAGGAUACUCUAUUAAUUAAUUAAAGCAAUUUAAAUAAAAAUGGAACAAAAAGUAUAA